UUCUCUAUAUAUAGAAAACCGGACCAUGGUUACUCAUGUGUCAGUGUUGAUACACAGCUCUGUCUGUUGCUAAAGAGCUGAAAUCACCUCUUACAUAAGAACAAUAAGUGGAAGCGCUGAAACCCAAUCCUGUUCCUCAUCGAAACAAUUACCCAGCGGGUCAGAAAGGGGUUUCCACAGAGAUCACAGGUCUGACUAUUCACACAAACACUUAUAAACCUCAUCCACCGACUGACUAACGUGACAACGACACAGAGAGCAGAGGGAAGAUGAAGCAUUUGAGUCUCUUCGCUGCAACUGCUCUUCUGCUCAUGACUGGAUGUCACUGCACCUCCACCACAAUAGCAUCAUCUCCAGCUUCUACAGAGUCUCCAGCAUCUACAGAAUCUCCAGCUUCUACAACAUCUUCAGAGUUUCCAGCUUCUCCAUCUUCUACAGAGUCUCCAGCGUCUCCAGCUUCUACAGCGGCUCCAGGUUCUACAGCGGCUCCAGGUUCUACAGCGGCUCCAGCGUCUACAGCAUCUACAGCGUCUACAGCACCUCCAGCGUCUACAGCAUCUCCAGCUUCUACAGCACCUCCAGCGUCUACAGCAUCUACAGCAUCUACAGCUUCUACAGCAUCUACAGCAUCUCCAGCUUCUACAGCACCUCCAGCGUCUACAGCAUCUACAGCUUCUACAGCAUCUACAGCAUCUCCAGCUUCUACAGCACCUCCAGCGUCUACAGCAUCUACAGCUUCUACAGCACCUCCAGCGUCUACAGCAUCUACAGCUUCUACAGCAUCUACAGCAUCUACAGCAUCUACAGCAUCUCCAGCUUCUACAGCACCUCCAGCGUCUACAGCAUCUACAGCUUCUACAGCGUCUACAGCAUCUACAGCAUCUCCAGCUUCUACAGCGUCUCCAGCUUCUACAGCAUCUCCAGCGUCUACAGCAUCUCCAGCUUCUACAGCAUCUCCAGCUUCUACAGCACCUCCAGCGUCUACAGCAUCUCCAGCUUCUACAGCACCUCCAGCGGCUCCAGCAUCUCCAGCUUCUACAGCAUCUCCAGCUUCUACAGCAUCUCCAGCGUCUACAGCAUCUCCAGCUUCUACAGCACCUCCAGCGGCUCCAGCAUCUACAGCACCUACCAAUUCUUCCAUAAACGGAACCACUGCAGUGGUGGGAGCAACAGCUACAACAACAGCCACGAUGAUCGCAGGUUCAACUACAAGUGGAGCAACAGCUACUGUCUCGUUUUCGAUCUAUCAGCUUCUCUGUGCAGGUGUUCUUACCUGGAUGCUGUCACUCAUUCAGUGGAGAGUCGAAGAUCACUAAGACUCAAACUUUAUUUAUUAAUUACUUUCCAGAUGUCCAGAAAACUAUUGUUUUUGGAAUUUACAUCAUGUUAAUAAAUGUUCUUCAGCACGCUUAAUUUGUGAAUAUAUAUAUAUAUAUAUAUAUAUAUAUAUAUAUAUAUAUAUAUAUAUAUAUAUGUGUAUGUAUGUAUGUAUGUAUAUAUAUGUGCAACACUGUCACACACAGCUGAUAUACCAUCAUAUAAUAUAAUAUAUCAUAUCAGAUGUGAAGGACAUAUUUAGAUAAACAAUAAAGUGCAGGUCAUAUGGGUUUUUGAAAAAUACCUAUUUUGCAUUUUUAUAACAUAGCUAUCCUUAAAUGAAAACAAUCUGCAAAAUUGUUAAUCAAAAAAGUGCAUGAUAAAUAAAGAUAUUUUCUCUCAAAAGAUAGAGUCGAUUCUGAAUCACCUUAACGAGUCGUCAUAUUUUCGAAUCUUUUGCCUGUUACUGGUAUACGUCACUGGGUAACACGUUUGCAUAAUCCUCGCCUGCCCCGCGAAAUACGAACAAGUCUGACCUGCCCACAAACACUUCCGCUAGUUAGUGUGUUUACAUCAUGUUUAAGAAGACGCUGUGUUCAAGGAUACCACAGAAAUACAAUUUGAAACUUUUGUUGUGUGCAUGUCAUUUUACCAAGAAACCUUCUCUAAUCUUGGCUUUUAUCUUCGUUGGCUUCUUCUGUCUGCUUAAUUUGGACUAACAAGCUCUCCUAAGCACAAACUGUAAGUACGAUUAAUAUGUUGUGUACAUUUUUAUUUGAGUACUCAAAAUAUCAAGUUUAUUGGGCUAAUAUGUGAUCUUCACCUAGAGCAGCUUCAGGUUUCCAGGUAAAGCCUGAUAUUACUGUCUUACUGAAGCAGUUCUGAUAAUUCGCUGUGAACCCACUAUUUCCUAAGAAUGUGUCGAUUAAUGAAGACUGACGUUGUUCUAAUUACUUCAUUUAAUAAUAAUGUAGUGUAGCACACAGACUUUAUAAUCAUUGUGAAACUGCUGUUUAUUGUGCUGCACCGGCAGUUACAGAGUUAAUACGCGAGAGACGAGCAAGUUAUCAGGCUGAUGCACCUGUGAUACAACUGUUCUGAGUUCUGAUUAAAAGUUAAGACAGAGCGUCUGUCUGUCAUUCUUCAAACAUUACAGUAGACAUAUUUUGAUUU